AUGGCCCUCUUAUCGGUGGCCGAUUUGGAAGCGUUCAAGAUCAUUUACGGAGCUGGCAAGAGUUAUAAUAAGUCCGAGUUCUACAGACCCUUCAAAGCAAAAUUGAAGUGGAAUCUUACGGCUGAGCAAGAUGAGAAGGUGCAUGCCUUCAAUCGACGACAAGUCAGCCAAACAUACUCUAUGGCAUCCACAAAGACCCUGGAGGUCUACGUGGACAAUGUGGUGAAGUUCUUUCUGGACUACCUGAGCAAAGAUGUAGACAAGACAAUCGACUUGGGUCGUGCACUGCAAUAUUUUGCAAUAGACAGUAUCACGGAGAUCAGUUUCUCCAAACGUUGGGGCUUCAUCGAAAAUGGCGAUGUUGGCGGCAUCCUCGCCUUGUCCAAGGUGGUUCUCGCAAGCGGUGCGUGGAUCGGAGUCAUUCCCUGGCUGUACCAUAUUCACCAGUUCUUCGCUCCCGUCAUCGGCAAUUGGCUAGGAGCCACCAGGCGCAGCACCGAAUUUGGUGGCCUGGCUACAAGGACGAUAGCAGAACAUAAGGAGCAAGAACAUAAUCACAAGGAUAUCUGUACCUAUCUUCAAGAAAUUCGACGCAAGAAACCCGAUUCCUUUUCGGAGCACGGACUCGUCGAUGUACUUACCAGCAACAUCUUCGCUGGUUCCGAUACGACGGCAAUUGCACUCAGAGCGAUGAUCUACUAUUUGUUGACAUCUCCGGAAGCUUUGAAAAUAUUUCUUGACGAACUAAACGAGCGGCACGCAGCGGGAUCCAUCAGCGAAUUCACCCGUUUUGAGGAAGCGGAAGCCUGGCCGUAUCUCCAAGCGGUCAUGUAUGAGGCGCUACGGCUUCAUCCUCCUUUCGCAAUCAAUCUUCCACGUGUUGUUCCGGCUGGUGGCCUUUCAGUUGGUGAAUUCUUUCUACCAGAAGGCACCAUCGUCGGCUCCAAUGCCUGGGUUAUUCAUCGUCAGGAAACAGCUUUUGGAGAUGAAGCCGAUAAGUUUAGGCCUGAACGAUGGCUAGAUCCUGUCCGCAAGGCUGAGAUGCAAAGAUAUUUCUUCUCUUUCGGGGGCGGAUCUCGGACCUGCCUGGGCAGAAAUGUCGUUUGGCUCGAAAUGUCAAAGCUUCUGCCUUCUCUCUUCUUACGCUUCAACAUUCGGCUCGCAGAUCCUACGAAGGCUAUGCCUGUCAAAAACUAUUUCCUGGCCUUCCAGGAAGGACCCGAGGUUAUCUUAAGCCCAAAACGGGCCUGA